AUGGGGCUCCUGACAAUUUUAAAGAAGAUCCGCCAAAAGGAAAAGGAGAUGCGCUUGCUCAUGCUAGGAUUGGACAAUGCAGGCAAGACAACCAUCCUGAAAAAGAUCAACGGAGAGCCUAUAGAUCAGAUAUCACCUACUCUUGGUUUCAAUAUCAAGACGUUGGAGCAUGACGGGUACAAGCUCAACAUAUGGGACGUUGGAGGCCAGAAAUCAAUUCGCUCGUAUUGGAGGAAUUAUUUCGAAAAGACGGAUGGACUAGUGUGGGUGGUGGAUUCAGCUGAUCGCAAAGAGCGAUUGGACGAUUGUCGGCGAGAGUUGUCUGCGCUUUUGCUAGAGGAGAGAUUGGCUGGUGCAUCGCUGCUCAUAUUCGCAAACAAGCAGGAUUUGCCAGGCUCGCUAUCUGUAGAUCAAAUACGAGAAGCACUACAGUUGGAUUCGAUACAAACACACCAUUGGCACAUUGAAUCCUGUUCAGCCGUAAAAGGAACCAACCUACUGAAUGGAAUGAAUUGGGUUGUAGGAGAUAUCGCGUCACGAAUAUUUAUGCUAGAGUGA